AUUAUCAACUCUUCAUUUCAAUUCUUUACUCGCAAAUAAAAUCGGUUGCAGAAAAGUGUGAAAAAAAACAAAAAAUUAAAGGGAGGGAAAAAAAAAAAAACUACUGAAGAAGCUCAAUUCACCAUCUAAUAGAAUCAAUAGCUAAACUCCAGAACGGUGGCAGACACUCCUAAUUAAUUGAUCGGUGAUGAUAUUAAUUGCAGCCAGACCAAUCCAAUUCCCAAACCCACUCGCUCUGAAGCAUGUCAAGCACACAAACUCAUCACAGCCAAUCCUCCCCGUCACUGAGCCACUGCUGCCUGCUCCCCUGCGACUGCACAACUUUCCCAAGCCAUGCGAGUGGCAAUCCCCUGUUUCUUUACAGGCUGAUGAGAGGCAGUUGAACCAGUUUCCGGUGAAUUUAAAGCUCUACCAUCCAAACCCAAAACCAUUUCCUCUAUAUAUAAAUCACCGCAUUGUGGCUUGUGACAUAUCUUCGUCUUCAAGCUCACUUCCACCCUUGCUGUUGCUUCCUCUGCAGCUUGCAUUUGUUUCCUCCAAGCAGCAAUAUACCCCAGAAUGGCUUCAACUGGGAAGCUUGAUGUGGAAGUGGAGCUGAAAUCCAGUGCAGAUAAGAUGUGGGAAAGCAUUAGGGACUCAGCAACUCUGUUCCCCGAGGCCUUCCCUGACCAGUACAAGAGCAUUCAAAUUCUUGAAGGGGAUGGAAAAUCUGUUGGCUCUGUUCGCCUUGUCAAGUUUGCGGAAGGGCUGCCUCUAAUUACAGAGUCAAAGGAGAAGAUAGAUGCAGUAGAUGAAGGUAGCAAGACUGUAGCCUACAGUGUGAUUGAUGGGGAGCUGCUGAAGUACUACAAGAAUUUCAAAGCCAAGCUGUGCGUGGUUCAAAAGGGGGAGGGGAGUUUGGUGAAGUGGGGGUGUGAGUUUGAGAAGGCCAGCGAGGAGGUUUCUGAUCCAGACCUCAUUAAAGAUUUUGCAGUAAUGAACUUCAAAGGGCUGGAUGCCUAUGCCCUCAAGGCAUAGAAUGGAAAAGACCCACGCCGACACAUUACUCUCUCUUUAAUUUUCAUGGUCCAGCCUAGUUAGUAAAUAAUGUGAGAGUCCUGCACCAUAUAUACUUUAAUGUGCCAAGUUAUUACUAAUGAAAUAACAUUUCAGAGGUGGAUGCACCAUGGAA